UUCGUCUGUUUUUUGUGUGAUUUGAUUUGUGAAUUAAUUAAGCUUUCCAAUUCUAUUAAUAAGAAGAAAGUUUUAGAUGUAUGUCUAUUGAAAUCUUAUUCAUGACACAAGCAGUAAUCAUGGAAUCAGCGGAACGUGAAGAUGUAAUUCAAAGAAUAGACGUAGAUCAAAUUGAUGCAGCUCCUAUUGCAAUUUUAGAUAAUGAAGCUCGGUUAGGAAAACGUCGAAAUAAAAGUGCCGAGAAGGCACAAGACAAAUAUAAGCAUAAGAAAGCAAUGGCUCAAGGAAUGCUUGAUCUAGCUCUGCUAUCAUCUAAUGCGCAUCAACUUCGUCUCAUUUUAGAGUAUAAGGAAAGAAACAAUUACUUUUAUGUCAGUAUCGCAUGUAUUUCCUUAAGUAUAAUUCUUCAAGUAAUCGUUGCUGUAGCUUUUAUCCUUAAGUUCAAAGUGCUUAAGAGAUAUUAUUAUGGUGAAGCAAUGGAUGAAGAAACUCAACAGAAAAAUUUUGAGAGGAAAGCACGGUUUGAUAACUUUAUAUCAUUAGGAAUUCUGUUCAUUACAAUUAUCAAUGUUUUCAUGUCAGCUUUUGGAUCUGCCCAAACCUAAUCUGUACCAUAAUGGUACAAUAGUAAAUUUCAUUAUUUGUAUUGUAUAAUAAAGUUUGCUGUUAAAGU